AUCAGGGGCAGGGGGCGCGGAGCGUGAGGGUAGGCAAAGCACUGUAGCUUCGGGGAUCCCCCGAGGCUGCUCGGCCCGGCCCCACCCCUGCCGUGGUCCUGGACCUGCCCACCCUUGCCCAGGCCGGCAGAGCCAGCGCUCGCGGCUGCAGCCGGUGCGUAGUAGCGGGCCUGGCCUGCGGCUCGGAGCGUGCAGGGAGGGCUGACCUCGGAUUGGACCCACAGCCCCGGCCUCCCGCCAGUCACCACCAACCCUAGCCUCUCCAACUGAGCUCGGCGCCCGGAGAGGAUUAAGUAUGAUCACUGUGAUCUGCUUACUUACAGACAGAGGAUGCAGGGCUUAAAUUUUGUUCCUAAAAACAAAGGCACCGUAGAUAUGUAAAGUACAUGUCCUAAUGUCUCCUGAAUUUGCCCUCAUCCUUGCCCUCAAACCUUUAUCUCCCCAAGGUUUUUCCUAUCUCCCCAAAAGUCUUUCAGAACCUAGAGAGACUUCAUCUCACUACUGAGCCCCUGUCCUUAGCCUCAUGUUUUUUAUUCUUUCCUUUCUAGCACCCAGGAAGGCAGGGGGCUCCCUUUAUCCAAGGAGGUGGCUGUGCAGGUGGCCACCACAGGUGGCAGGAACCACAGGCUGGGACACUCCGGAGUCAGGAGUGAGUGGGCAGGUUGACUGGCCUCAGGCAGCCUCUCAGCCAGGGCCCUCUCCACGUCAGCAUGAACUCCAGGACUGCAUCUGCUAGGGGCUGGUUCAGCAGCCGCCCACCCACCUCUGAGUCUGACUUGGAACCUGCCACAGAUGGGCCAGCCUCCGAGACCACUACCCUCAGCCCAAGCUCCACCACCGUUAAUGACACCAGAAUCCCUGAUGCGGCUGGUGGUGCGGCCGGCGUGGGUACCAUGCUUCUGUCCUUUGGGAUCAUCACGGUGAUAGGCCUGGCUGUGGCCAUGGUUUUGUACAUCAGGAAGAAGAAGAGGCUGGAGAAGCUACGCCACCAGCUCAUGCCCAUGUACAACUUCGACCCCACGGAGGAACAAGAUGAGUUGGAGCAGGAGCUGCUGGAGCAUGGGCGGGAUGCUGCCUCCAUGCAGGCUGCCACCUCCGUGCAGGCCAUGCAGGGCAAGACUACUCUGCCCUCCCAGGGCUCACUGCAGAGACCCAGCCGGCUGGUGUUUACCGACGUGGCCAAUGCCAUCCAUGCAUGAGUGGCCUGGGACAAGCUUGGACUUCUGAUAGAGACCUGCCAUGGUGCCCACAGAGCUCCCCAUUCCCUGAUUAUCAAGACCUACUCUGAGGACCUGCCCUGCGAAGACAUGAGAGGGCCAAGCCAGGUCCCAGCAGUUCUGCAGACCCACCUGCUGACUCUAGGCUCUAAGAGAGGGCCCUGACCAGGCUGGACAUCUGACCACUGACUUCUGACCUGAGGGCCAUGGCAUGGAGGCCAUCCCUCAUGCUGAGAAGGUCAAGAGCUACUGCCAGCUUCCUUAUCCCUUGUCCAGAUCCCUCACAUCAGGGUCUGCCCCUCUGAUGUGGAGGAGGUGGGGAAAGAUACAGAGCGGGAGGGACUGGGGGAGGAGAGGGGAAGUUUCCCUCUAUCAGGGAGACACCUGUUUUUUGGAAUCUGGAGCCUCUUCUGAGGUGGGGACAGGAAACCACCCAAGUUAUAGAGAGUAGGUCAGCACCUGUUAUGGGCCCUGAGAAGCCCAGAGAUGGAGCUGAAACUGUCCAGUAUUCAAGGAUGCCAGGAGAAGGGCAGUUCACAGCCAGGGUCCAUCCAUACUACAGAGGGUCUAGAAGGUCUCCAGCCACCCAUCCCUGGCAGCCAGAUGUUACUGGGCCCAAGCUAGGAUGGGAGCUGAGGGGGAAGGAAGUAGGGGAAUGGAAGUGGAAGAGAGGCCUCAUGCAUAUGCAUGAGUGUUCCCGUGGGCAGACAUGUGCCUGUCCCAGACGGGGCAGGAUGGAGAAUGUCACAUUGGUCCCACCCUCUAAGUUGACCUCCCCACCAUGGUAUGUAGCAGAGCAUCAGGGUAGGCUAUCUUCUCUGCCUUCAAUCUUCAGGGACUGCCACAAAGAGGGAAGCAUGGCAGGGUUCCUCUCUCCACUGCAUUGCUUCACUGGGCACAACUGCUUCUGAAAAACGGCUCCCUGUCUUGGGCUCUACUGGGGAUCUGGGGUUGGGAGAGGCUGUUGAUCUGAGGGCAGUAAUCACAGGCUGCAGGCUUGGGGGGCAGUUAUGACUGCCUGAAAGCAGGUGAGGGAUUGCCCCUCAGAAAAAGACCUAAAAAACCUAGUCUAUGUGUGAAUUCCCCACCUCCAUCCCAUCUAUGGGAAGGGCCGUUCAGUGUUUAUAGAGUGGGGAAACGGGUCCCUGCACUUGGCUUCUCCAUAAGCCUUGCAGGGUCAGAGCUGAUGCGAGGGGUCCUGGCAAAGCAUUGGGCAGAGACAGACCCCAAGAGCGGGGCUUUUUUUCUAUGCUGGGCAUACAUAUGCACACAAGCAUGCACAGAAGCAUGUCCCAUGCCCAGCCUUGCCACUGUCACUGGCCACUGCUGGUCGGAGGAGAUGCAGGGGUGGUGUAUGCAGACCUUCCUUUGGGCAAAUGCCCCAUUUCAGGAGGAAUGGGCCUAGGAAGCCCCCAUGGGGAAGGUUCUGGAUUUAUUCCCUCCUCUAAAUGCUAUAAAUACAUUAGCACUUGAGCCCGACUGGAGGCUGCCAGGAAUUCAGGAUACAUACAGCUGUAAUUGAACCCAGAGUAGCUCCAUGUGAGAACAUUAAAGAUGUAAUGAAGAUGUUUCCAUGGA